AAUUGUUCAGCAUUAUUGGGGCCCUCACAGAUAUACGAUAACAUGUGCACUAAUGAUCCUCCAUACCAUCAAAGAUGCUGGCUUUGAACUUUGGGCUUCAAUUGCAUUGCUUAAAUAAACAAAACCCUUUCUGGAAAAACUGUGGUCUGGAAGGACGUAGUGUUCAUGAUCUAAAAGAAGAAGCCCAGAUUCAGUCUUCGGAAUAUUUUCACUCUUCGAGCCCAGAGGAGCAUUUCUGGGUCCUCUUUACAGAAAAAAACUCAACAGUUCCUCCAUGGAUUCAAAAGUCUUAUCUGUUCUUGCCAAAUUACUUGUUAUUAUGUGUAUGUAUAAAUAACUACUGCAGUGUUCUGUGUAUCAAACUAAAAAAAAUCUCUUUGUCAUGCUUUUGUUUCUCGUUGUUGCUGUUUUGCAUGAUUUUAUGCUUUUUUAAAUUUCCAGUAGAGGUUUUUUUUUUCAAUAUUUUUGUGUCCCUUUGGAGCCACUGUGUGCGUUUCAGUGGUCAUAUUGUAUAUUUCAGUGUUCUUGUUAUUAUUUGUUGUCGGUUUGUUUCUCUCUGUGCUUGUUUUUUUCCUUCCCUCUGUAAUAGUUGUCAUUUUUUCACUUUAACUUACAUUUUUGCCUCUUUGUUCUAAUUCUGCAUCAGCAUUGGUGUUAUGGACAGCCCGGGGGUCCAGGCCCAUUCACAAAGGUCACUGUGCCCCCUCAGCUGAAUUCUGCUGACAUACUUUUACAACUAUAAGUAAAAGUAAGCCACACGACUUGGCAAUGAAAAUAUUAAAUACCAAGAUCACCAUCAAAUUAUUAUUAGAAUAUAUAUUUUUGUGAUGAUUUUUCACUACUUGUGGCUUUUGUUGCUGUUGUAUCGACUCGUAGCUCUUUUGCCUGUUUUUCUUUUGUUUACUUGUUUUUUCAUCUUGUCAUCAUUUUGUCCAUUGUUGCUGUUUUUCACCUCUUUGUGUACAGAAUAUGGACUCUGGACCAUGUCCUGCUGGUUCUGGUUCAGUAGUCUCUCCACGCCUCUGCCUCUAUGGAUCUUCAUCACUGUACAGGCUGACUGGCUGCUGGAGGAGGAUGUCUGGCUGACAGUCUUAUUGAUUUCUUUCUGUCUCUUUACAGAUUCUCUCUCUAUCUCUGCUCUGAAUGAAUGAAGACAGAAGAACGGUGCGCCACUAGCAACGUGUCUGUAGGAACUAAACUAUGAACCAGAUACAUUUGUCUUUAGAACCUUCAGUGGAACCUGGAUACAUUUCUAACAGUCUUUAGAACUCUCAGUGGAACCUGGAUACAUUUCUAACAGUCUUUAGAACUCUCAGUGGAACCUGGAUACAUUUGUAACAGUCUUUAGAACUCUCAGUGGAACCUGGAUACAUUUGUAACAGUCUUUAGAACCUUCAGUGGAGCCUGGUUACAUUUGUAACAGUCUUUAGAACUCUCAGUGGAACCUGGAUACAUUUGUAAUAGUCUUUAGAGCCUUCAGUGGAACCUGGAUACAUUUGUAACAGUCUUUAGAACUCUCAGUGGAACUUGGAUACAUUUGUAACAGUCUUUAGAACCUUCAGUGGAGCCUGGAUACAUUUGUAACAGUCUUUAGAACUCUCAGUGGAACCUGGAUACAUUUGUAACAGUCUUUAGAACUCUCAGUGGAACUUGGAUACAUUUGUAACAGUCUUCAGAACCCUCUGUAACAUCAAAGCGUCAGUGCCUCGCGGGCUCCUUCACGGUCAUCACGUCACCCACUCUCUUUCUUUUGACCAUCUCUGUAAACGUCGCUCUCCCGCUCCCGUGAGACCACAGCGAGGCUCGCGGGGUAGAGUUACAUAUGGGGGGAGGGGGUAGAGAGACAUAGACAAAGAGGAGGAGUGGGGAGAGAGAGAGAGGGAGGCUCGCGUGCCUGUGUGAGGUUGAAAAAGAGGGAGAGGUAGAGAGAGGUAGGCUCGUGCAGGGGGAGGUGGAUCCCUGUGUAGUGGAGCAGCUUAAGCUAAAGCUAACUAGCCAUGUUGCUGUCGCCGCUGCCGUUGCUGUUGCUCCUUCCGUUGCUGGUGGUGUGUGUCUGCUAGCGGCCGCCCUGGACUCCCUAUCCGCCCUGAGGUGCAUCAUGCCCGGCUGGAAGAAAAACAUCCCGGCCUGUCUCCAACCGGACCAGGAGGGAGAUGAAGGGCCGUAUACGAAACACUCCGCCGGGUCGCGACCUCCAGAUGGAGCGCUGGCCAUCAGGAGACAGAGUAUACCAGAUGAGUUUCGGGGCUGCACGGUGGUGGAGUUGAUGAAAAAGGAGGGGACGACGCUCGGGCUGACAGUUUCAGGAGGAAUCGACAAAGAUGGGAAGCCUCGAGUUUCAAACCUGCGGCAGGGAGGCAUUGCGGCCCGGAGUGACCAGCUGAACGUGGGUGACUAUAUCAGGUCUGUCAAUGGCAUCAAUCUGGCCAAGUUCAGACACGAUGAGAUCAUCAGUCUGCUGAAGAACGUGGGUGAGCGGGUCGUCCUGGAGGUCGAGUAUGAGCUGCCGCCUGUCUCGGUGCAGGGGUCAGGGGUCAUGUUUAAGAAUGUGGAAGUCACGCUUCACAAAGAAGGAAACAGCUUUGGUUUCGUCACCAGAGGUGGAGCCCAUGAAGACAGGAACAAGUCCCGUCCCAUCGUCAUUACAACCAUCCGGCCAGGCGGCCCAGCAGACCGGGAAGGAACCAUCAAGCCGGGUGAUCGGUUGUUAAGCAUUGAUGGGAUUCGUCUCCAUGGCAGCACACUUUCAGAGGCCAUGAGCAUCCUGAAGCAGUGUGGACAGGAGGCCACGCUGCUGAUUGAGUAUGACGUCUCCGUGAUGGACUCUGUUGCUACGGCAUCAGGGCCGCUACUGGUUGAAGUUGCCAAGGCGGCAGGGUCUAGCCUGGGUGUGGCCCUGUCCACCUCCAUGUUCUGCAACAAGCAGGUCAUCAUCAUCGACAAGGUCAAACCAGCCAGUAUAGCAGACAGGUGUGGUGCUCUUCACGCAGGAGAUCAUAUCCUGUCCGUUGAUGGGAAGUCGAUGGAGUUUUGUUCCCUAGCUGAAGCCACUCAGCUGCUUUCUGCUUCCUGUCAGACCGUCCGCUUGGAGAUCCUGCCACAACACCAGACCCGACCAGCCCUUAACGCACCACAGCACGUCAAGGUGCAGCGUAGUCCCCGCCCCCUCCCCUGGGAGACCGGAGGCUCUGCCCCUAUCCUCCCCCCCUACCACUACAACACGUACCACCCUGACCAAUCAGGCGCCAGAUCGCACAACCGCCAUACAAACAAUCCUCCGCUCAGCCACUCCUUCUCUCCUGGCUCCAUGUCGGCCUAUAGCCUCUCCUCCCUCAACAUGAGCACCCUGCCCAGGAACAUGUAUCCCACAAGUCCACGGGGCACACUGAUGAGGAGGAAGGGCAAGAAAAAGGACUUUAAGAGCUCCUUGUCUCUUGCGUCCAGCACUGUGGGUCUCGCCGGUCAGGUAGUCCACACGGAAACCACCGAGGUGACGCUGCUCGGCGACGGCAUCAUGGGAUUUGGCCUGCAACUGCAGGGAGGAGUGUUUGCCACGGAAACGCUGUCAUCCCCGCCACUCAUCGCCUACAUCGACCCCGACAGCCCUGCUGAGAGGUGUGGCAUCCUGCAGAUCGGUGACAGGAUCUUAUCCAUAAAUGGCGUUCCAACUGAAGAUUCGACCCUUGAAGAAACCAAUCAGCUGCUCAGAGACUCGUCCAUCACUGCUCAGCUCACACUGGAAAUUGAGUUCGAUGUGGCUGAGUCAGUCAUCCCCAGUUCAGGCACGUUCCACGUAAAGCUCCCAAAGAAACCAGGAGUGGAACUGGGAAUCACCAUCAGCUCUCCGUCCAACAGGAAACCAGGUGAUCCUUUGAUCAUCUCGGACAUCAAGAAAGGCAGCGUCGCACACAGGACAGGGACAUUGGAACUGGGAGACAAGCUGCUGGCCAUUGAUAACAUCCGUGUGGAGAACUGCUCCAUGGAGGAAGCUGUUCAGAUCCUCCAGCAGUGUGAGGAGCUCGUCAAACUGAAGAUCCGCAAAGAUGAAGACAACUCUGAUGAACAGGAGGUGUCUGGCAGCAUCAUUUACACAGUGGAGCUUCAACGCUAUGGUGGUCCGCUGGGAAUCACCAUCUCAGGCACUGAGGAGCCCUUCGACCCCAUCAUCAUCUCCUCUCUGAGCAAGGGGGGGCUGGCAGAGAGGACGGGUGCGAUCCAUGUAGGCGACCGUAUUCUUGCGAUCAACAGCAGCAGUCUGAAGGGGAAACCACUGAGUGAAGCCAUCAGUCUGCUGCAGCAGGCGGGCGAGACGGUCACAUUGAAGAUCAAGAAGCAGGGAGAACUGUCGAGCCCAAAGUCUUGCGUGAUUGGUUCGGGUCUGGGGUCGGGGGUGGGGCCUAACCUGGAGAACCAGGAUGGAGAGGAGGAGCCUGUUGUCAUGGUUGCACCUCCGACAAGCCAGAGAGCAUUCAGCACACUGCCGUCCGUGGACAGCGCUGUGGAGUCCUGGGAUGGAUCCAACAUGGACAGCAGCUUCACCACCCCAGCUCCUACUUUUCAGUCGUCACCGUACAGUUUCCACGAGUGGCGCAGCGCCAAGACAAGCAACAGCCAUUCAUCAUCUUCCACUCGCCAGAGAGCCAAUCCGCUGUCGGAUCUGGGUCUGAGUGAUGAUGACUGGGACCGCCCACCUCUCGGAGGAGGCUGUAAUCUGCCCAGCGGUCUAAUCUCUGACAGCAGGUUUAAUGUCGGACAUGAUGGGACAGAACCAGACCAGGAGGAGAACUUCUGGUCUCAGGCUCUGGAGGACUUGGAGACCUGUGGACAGAGCGGCAUCCUCAGAGAGCUGGAGGCUACCAUCAUGUCAGGCUCCACCCUCAGUCUAAACCAUGAUCCCACCCCUCUGCGGAGCACUCUGGGGCGCCAGGCGAGUUUCCAGGAGCGCAGCAACUCCAGACCACAAGUGACUCCUCGAUCCAACACCUUGCCCUCUGACCCUCAGCGCCGAGCCUUCGCCAUGAGGAAGAUGAGGCAGGAAGUAAAUGACAUCCUAAACCAGAACCCUGUGGAACUUCACAAGCUCACUCUGGAGAAGGCGACAGACCUUGAGGAUUUUGGUUUCAGCGUUUCUGAUGGAUUGCUGGACCGCGGCGUCUAUGUUAAUAACAUCCGACCCGGAGGCCCAGCGGAACAGGGUGGUCUCAAAGCCUAUGACCGAAUACUACAGAUUAACCAUGUGCGGACCAGGGACUUUGACUGCUGCCUUGUAGUUCCCCUGAUUGCAGAGUCUCCAAACCGCUUGGAGCUUGUAAUCAGCCGAAACCCUUCAUCCUCUUCCUCCUCUACCCUGAUGGCCAAUCACACCGAUGGCACAACCAACAGCAGCCACUCCUCUCAGCCAGUUGGCAGUGACCUGGGACCCUCAGAUCUCUCUGUUGGCCAGGGAGAGGACAGCGGUCCAAUCAAGUGGAGCCAACCAGGAGAUGGCUUUGGGGCAGGGAUUGGGAUGGGGCAGGUUACAAACAAUUCCUUAUAGCAGACAAAAAUUAUGUCAGACUGGAUUCAACCACACCAGACUGGAGAGGUCGUGAGGAAAAAGGGGACAACAAAGUUGAAUCAAACUGAUUUAAAACCAGUUUAAACUGGUUCGGAGUAGACCGCCCAUGGUGCUACACACACCCUCUGGAUGACCUUUGACUACUAUAGUUUGACCCUUGAACUGCUAAAGCAGCCUGAAAGCACAGUGAUGGACUGGAGCAACACCACACCUUUUAACCUGAACCAGUUCUGUAUACUGGUAUUACUGGUGUCACUGGAACCAGAAUUCUAAUGAUCCUAUUAGAGCCACAACUGGGGCUACUGGCCUACCUGGUCUAAGAUUAAUAGUUAUUGAUCCUUCUAGCCUAGAGCCAUGGCUACUGGUUCUACUGAAGCCACAACUACAGCCAAUAGUCUUAAUGGUCUACAAGCCGAGAAAUAUAAUCCUAUGAAGUCAGUGCCACAGCCAAUGGUCUUACUCUUUUAAGAUUGAUGGUUACUGGUUCUAGAAGCCUAGAAUUCCAGGUUGAAGACACAUGGGUUCUGGAAUUAUGGUUCCAGGUUCCACCAAAGUCCUACUAAGCAAGAACCUCAGCCAAUAGUCUUAGCGUACCAAGACACACAGGUACUGGUCUUAGUGGGAUCAGGACAAUGGCUAUUGUUUCUAGUGAAACCAGAGGCAAAUAUAGUUGUCUUACUGGUUAAAGCAUUAUUAAUGUUUGCGGUCUCACUGGCCAAGGAACUAUGGAUACUGUGCCAUUGCCAUGGCCAGUGCUUGGUGAAGUCCAUCCUGGAUCCUGGGCCUACUAGAACCAGAUUUGUGGCAUUUGGCCGAGAUCCACAGCAGCACAAAGACUGAUGGGACACUAGUCCAGAUACCGAAACCUGCUGAUGGGCAUAACAGUUGCCAAGGAGACUAGGGAUGCUCUGAUCAGUGUCUACAUCUGAUGAUAUUACUGAACAUAUACUGAUUACUAAAUCCUUAUGCUUGUGUAUAAGAAAGCCUUAUGACAAAGUCUUCUAUUUGAUAUUUAACCAGCUGGAAUCACUGGUCCUCAGUACACUAAAAACUAGAUUGUUCAAAUGCAGAAGACAGGGUAAGUCUGAAAUUACUGAAGGUGUAACUUUUCGAAGUAGUUAUGCUUGACAUUGGAAGGUUGAUGGAAAGGUAGUUUUAGGCACUGCCCCACACAGGAUUAAAGAAAGAAGCUUUCGAACAAGAAGGUACAGAUCCCACAAGAAACUGGACCAGAAGGUUGUUUUAAGAGAUGAGAAUAAAAAUGGUCCUGUUUAACUGCAAGUUUUGAAGAAAGGGUAUAAGUGGAAAUGGCGAUAGAAAGAGAGGUCGAGCUCAAAAAUGGUUGGGGUUAAGUGAGGUUUUGCAAGUAUAUAAGGCUGGAUCCAUAAGGUUAUGAUGAGAUGUACCUCCUUAAAAUAAAUGCUCAACGUGACAUGGAAACCUGAAGAGAUAUCCAAAUUAAACAAUACAAAAGGAAAGACCUCCGUAACUAGUUUGUCUGGCAACCCAGAGAUUUAUUCCUGUGGGCAUUACCAGGUGUAGUUUUUCAAGUUUGAUUAUGCACUUUACCGAAGCAAAACUGUACAAGGUUUGGCUUGUACUUUGGCUCCACUGUUGAACGGCUGCUAUAAUUUAUGUAACCUGCUCUCUAUCACUGUUUAAUUUCCUAAAUUCUCCACAAAUUACAACUGACAGUUCUAAUAUUUUAUGACGCCAUUCACAAAAUUUACAUCAUUACUAACCAUUGCUGCUAUACAGAUGAAUAAUAUAAGAAAAGUUACCAUCUGAGCAGAGACGUUGGUCUCUGGGGGAACACUGUUUUAAAAUUUUAAACCAGAGCUGGACAUUGAAACAUGAUACUGGUUUGUAAUUAGCAGGAAAACCUGCAGCUGCAUAUAUAUUUAUGAUGUUUGUUGCACCUCAGCUUGAAACUAGUGAAAAGACAAAGAUAAGGUGCUUUCGGACCAGAGAACUUUUUAUCGGUCUUGUUAAACAAGCCUUUGUUAGUUUUUAGGAUACACAUGAUAUGCAUGAUUGGAGAACCGCUAGCCAUCACUAAAGCUUCUUGAAGAAAUUGGAGUAGGGUUAGAAAGGAAAAACUUGACAGCACACAACCCAAAACACUUCAACACAUAAAUCGCUGUGGUAAAGAGUUUCGGUUAAAAUUUGCAGAGGGUAAUUACAAAAAAGUACAUUUAAAAAGCCUGCAUAAAAUCGGGUGUAACAUCAGCUGAGUAUAUAAAACUCUUAGCGAUAAAAAAUGGAACAAAGCACAGAGAAAUGACUUUACCUAGGCUCUAUGUGGAGGCAACAUAAUAUGAUUUUUCAUGUAUACUAAAUGCUAUUCAGCUUUUACAUGACUUCUGCAUAUCUAUGCUCCAGGAGGAGGCCAUGAGAAACUGGGACUGUUGUGGAGCGCUGCACCUAUAUAUAACCUAAAAAUAAUAUUGAGCAGAACUUAUUUCAGCUUAUUGGUGCAGCCCUCCAAAACAGUCCCAGUUUAGCAUGUGUCCCCUUGGGAAAAUAAAUUGUCCAUCUUUGCUAUGUAGGCAAUGUGAAUAGAAUAGAAUCUGCAAACCAUGCUUAGCUUAGUAUAUUUGGAAAGUGUAUUUUGGAAAGCUAUACAUCUUUAAUGCUUUUUGGUCCGAAAGUGCUUAUAGUCCAUAUCUUCUUAGGAAUUGGGGAAUGCAUUGCCUGCCAUUAAAAGUAACAGUUUGAAAUAUUUUGUGCAAAACCAUCUAUUAAUGGCUAUUUCCUAUAAACGUGUUUCUUAAUUAUGCAGUUUCUAAUUAAAUUGUUUGGCAAGCUAAGUUAAAAAAUAGACAAAAAAGGAACCUCUGCAACACUGGGCACACUCCAUCUGCUAAGGGAGGAUGUGGUAGGAUCCAAAGCUCCAGAACAGCUACUUUAUAUGCUUUAAUAUGUCAACUAGAGAAAUUUGUUUAUUUAUAUUAUAAAGGACAUUUUCUUUACGUUUAAAAAAAAAAAAAAAAAAAUUAUUUGUGAAUUUUACCUUUAGAAAAAAAUCAGUGCAUUUUUACUAAUGAUCAGCUGAUACUGAUCGGAGCAUCCUAAAUGAAACGAAGGGUUUACUGUUAAAAUUUUUGUUCUGUGCCAUGAACGAGCUACAGGCUGGAAGAGUUACGGUAACCACGCUGUCAAUAAUAAUGAUGAUGAUGACACUGAGCAAGUUCAAUAAUACUUUUUCUACUGUUUACACCUGUUGGACUGGCCACACUGUGUAUGUAUGUGUGCGUGUCUGUGUGUGUGUAUGUUACACGUUAAACACAAGGCCAGUUAAGCCCCUCCCACCUCAAGUCCCACCCAAUCUACCCCCUGACCAAUAGGCAACCAGGAUGAUGGACGGCAGUUCUGAAAAAUUCAGCUGAUUGGCUGGAACCAAUCAGAAACAUAAACAUUUCCUUCCCUGCCUGUCUGUGAUUGGUUCUUUUUCACACACAAAGACAACCAAUCAGCUUCCAGGAAGAAGCCACGCAUGCCCCUACCCCGACUUCCCCUCCCCAUCCCCAGCCCCAGUGACAGUGAUCUCUUAUGCUAAUCAAUUGGUGUGUUUUUUUGAUUGACUGUUGUCAAUUCUGUUUGUUUGUUUGUUUCCAUGGUGACUGAACCAGAAAAUAUGUAAAAUAGAUUUAAAAAAAAAAAAAGUUCAGUCCCCAUCGCUGUUCACAUCAAAAACCAUCAAACCCUGAAAACACCAUCUCAUAAUCACAAAAACUAUGUUACAAAAGAAAAAAAUCCUGUUAAAACAGGAAACCUGUGACGGUAAACACUUGUGUGUGUGUGUGUGUGUGUGUGUGUGUCUGAGAGAGAGUGAGUGAGUGUUUAUUUUCGAGUGAUGUCAACAUCUUCCUGCUCUCACCUUAGUCUUAACUCACUAUUUAUAGUGGCCAAUCAGAACCCUCCCUCAGCAUCCCUGAGCCAAACAGUCCAAUAGCUGCUGCUGUGCUUUGGAUUAGAGCGUUCUGAUUGGCUGUUUCUAUGUGGAUAGUUGUCAUUGGCUGUUCUGCUCUACCCAAAAUUUUCUAAAUGCUCAGAUGGGUUUUUUUUUUUUUUUUUUUGCAAGCAAAUGGCUAGUAUGUAGUUAGCAUUAAGCUAGCAGACGCAGAGCACAGGGCUAGUGUAACCAUAAUUAUAUACACAGUACAAGGGAACUACUAUCCUAACUAUGUUUACUAGCUAAUAAACAUAGCAAGAGACUUGUAAGCACAUGGGUAAAAACCGCUAACCAAAGAUAAAAUUUAGCCAACAUUUUUUUAUGUUAGCACACAGCUAGCCCAGUACCAGCACAGUCUGUGUAUUGUUAGCACAAACCUUGCACUUCACUAAGGUAUGGUUAGCUGUAGAGCUAAAGAAUGUCUUUUAGCAUCUUGACUAUAAAAAGGCUGAAACAGCUCUAUUGGUGGUAUUCCACUGACACCUGAGUAGGCUAACUUGAUCUAAGGUCAUAACUAUCAUAUGGCUAGCAGACACUGAACAAAGGGCUAGCGUAAUCAUAACAGACAUAACACAAGGACCAUAGGCUGGUUGUGUUUGAUAUCCAUUUAUUAUUAUGUUUAUUGGCUAAUCACAAAGAAAGAACUUGGUUGGCAUAUAUUUAAACAGCUAGCCAAGGCUAACAUUUAUCGUAACAUCCUAUUGUAUGUCAGGACACAGUUAAGCACAGCUCGUGCCCAUUGUUAAAAUCAGGGUAAUGUGUUAAAUAAAGACUUUUUUCUUAUUUGCAUUAGGCUAACAUAACAGAUAAUAGAAAUACAUUUUAGCAUGUGACCAGCAGAUGCUGAACACAGGGUUUACGUAAUACAGAGAAUGCUAACAUAAGGGUAUUUUAGCUUCAUUGAAAAUCUCUUACUGAUUUUUGGCUUAUGUUAAUGCAUAACUUACAUGUUGAUAACAGAGCUAUAAUAUAGCUUAUGGUUAGUACUAAGUUACGGUUUCUAAUUUUAGCAAAAGCAGUAUACCACACAUCAAAUUCAACUGACAAGUGAGCAGCCUAACUUGGUCUGAGGACAUUACUAACACAUGAUUAGUAUGUAUCUAGCAGACAUUGAGCAUAGGGCUAGUCUAACCAUAACACAUGACUAUACACAUAGAACAAGAAAAUUAGGCUUUCUAUAUGUAACACCCAUUUCUUGCUAUAUUUAUUAGUUAAUAAGCAUAAAAAUAAUUUAAUUAGCAUAUGAAUAAAGAGCUAUCCAAAGCUAAAGUUAUUAUGUUAGCACACGGCUAGUGCCAGCACAGCCCUUACAGACCUUUAACAUAGGGCUUACAUUUGCAAAACAAAGUUUUUCUCUUGUUAGCAAAAAGCUAACAUGGGAGAUAAUAGAACUACAGUUUAGCAUGUGGUAGUUGAUGCAGAGCAUUAGAGCUAACAUAACUAUAACAUGUGGCUAGUUGCACAUAGUACAUGGAUGGUAAGUUAGCUGUACAAUUUUUCAACACUUAUUUACUAGUGUGGUUACAACUUAACAUAGCAAGGGCUUGGUUGGUUUGUAGGUAAACAUAAGAGCAAGGAGCUAAAAAUGUCUGCUAACAAGAGAGUAUGUCAGUUUUAUGUCAGCCUCUACUGAUUUGUGGUUUAUGUUAGCACAUGAGUAACAUGAACUAUAAUUUAGCUUGCGGCUAGCAUUUAGGCGAGGUAGUAGCUACAGGUUCAUUAAAGAGACCUAACAAGGUCUAAGGAAAUGGUUCACAUUGCUAAUACAGAGCUAAUGCCUUGAAUUCAGGGCUAACACGUAGAUGUUAGUGUUUUAAGGUUCAGCCAAGAGAACUGCUCCACCAAUGGGAACAAGCCACAGGGCUGAGGGGUGUGGCUUCACAAGGGUUUGAUGAGUGAGACCUAAAGCCAUACACACUGUGUUUGUGCGCAUGUAUUAACAUUACCAUGUGUGUGGGUGUGUAUUUGUUAGAGCCUGUGUGUGUGAGUGUGUGUGGGUGUGUGUGUGUGUGUAUGUGUGUAACAUUGCAGGGAUUUGCACUCUAGUGAUUCACCUCAGCAAGACAUCCACCCACCUACAACCACACACACACACACACUAACACACACACACGUGCAUUGCACUGCCAUUUGAAAUAGUGGGUCAGAUUAGUUUCCAUGUAGCUUCACCAACCAACCAAACUGUAUUUUUCUUUAAAGGAACAGGGAUGUUGUAAAGUAUUUUUGUACAAAUUUAAUACUUUGGUAGCAUGACGUUCCUGUUGUUUGUCCUGUCGGGCUCCACUGCUCUCCUCCACCCGCCUUUGUAUGGACGAUUACUGAGCAACAAUAAAGAUGAAGACCUGCUGGGAGAA